AUGACCGCGGAUCCUUUCGGCGUGCUCGACUCAUGGAACCAUAGCAUUGAUUUUUGCCAGUGGUACGGCGUUACGUGCGGCCGGAGGCACCGCAGGGUCACAGUCCUAGACUUGUCAUCACGAGGACUCUCCGGCCCAAUCUCUCCUCAUAUCGGAAACCUCAGCUUCUUAAGGGAAUUGCGGCUCCAAAACAACAGUCUCCAUCAUGAAAUCCCUCAGCAAGUCGGCCAAUUGCGCCGCUUGCGUAUCCUAGAAUUGAACAACAAUUCAUUGGUUGGUGAAAUUCCCAGAAACAUAUCGGGUUGCUCGGACUUGGUCCUCCUCAGGCUUGCGAUCAACAAGCUAAGCGGAAAAAUACCCGGAGAGCUUGGUUCAUUCCCGAAGCUACGGCGGUUCAAUUUGUAUGGUAAUAGUCUGACCGGGAGUGUGCCUUCCUCCAUUGGGAACUUAACUUCACUGGAGAUGCCUUUUUUAGGCUGGAACAACUUGGGCGGGAGCAUUCCUCAAGUUCUAGGCCAUCUGACAAAUUUGGAAUUGAUUGCCUUUGGAGCAAACAGAUUGUCGGGUACGAUUCCAUCUUCGUUACUCAAUCUCUCUUCGCUAACUCAGUUUGAUGUUGGAUCCAACUGGAUACAGGGUACUCUUCCUGCAGGCAUAGGCCUCAAACUCCCAGAUCUUGAAUUUUUUAGCAUUGGGGGGAACCAAAUUGAGGGGCCAAUUCCUCCCUCGAUAUCGAAUUGCACGAAGCUGGACUUACUUCAACUUAGUGAGAACAGAUUUUCCGGGAAAGUACCUUCUUUGGAAAAUUUGUAUGAGCUUCGUUGGUUCCAAAUCUUUUCUAAUCAGCUUGGAAGUGGAAAACCCGAAGACUUAAGCUUCCUUUGCUCGUUAACUAACAGCACCAAGUUAAAGAACUUGGGUAUUCAGGAGAACAAGUUUGGUGGGGUGUUACCUAAAUGCAUAGGCAAUUUAUCCACCGCUCUCACAGCUUUUGGUUUAAGCGAAAAUCACAUACUUGGUGAGAUUCCAGAAGUAAUCGGGAAUUUUGUCAACCUGGAAAUAUUGUGGAUGGAUCUCAACCAGCUUUCAGGUGCUAUCCCCUAUAAUUUGGGGAAUCUACACAAUCUGGCGGACCUAGAAUUAAGUGAUAACAACCUAGGAGGGACUAUUCCAUCUUCUAUGGGAAAUCUAACCAAGCUGAUUGAACUAUAUCUUGGGGGGAACAACUUUCAUGGGCAAAUUCCUUCACAACUAUCGAACUGCCGGUCUCUUGAUUUGCUUGAUCUGUCUAAUAACAAUCUCAGUGGUGCCAUACCCCCGCAGCUUAUAGGUCUCCCAUCAUUAGCAAUCAUUUUGAACUUGUCUCAUAACGAUCUGGCGGGAGUUUUACCAGCAGAAGUCAGUAACUUGAAAGCUUUGACUGCGUUGGACAUCUCGGAUAAUUUGUUGGUAGGUGAAAUCCCAAGAAGUUUAGGGGAUUGCACUGGAUUGACAUCAUUGAGAAUGGGGGGCAACUUCUUCCAUGGGUCCAUUCCUCAAUCACUCAAAUCAUUAGGAGGCAUUGAAGAACUAGAUAUUUCACGGAACAAUUUGUCAGGUCAGAUUCCAGAAUUCUUAUCGACAUUUCAUUCCUUAAAACUUUUGAAUUUAUCCUUCAAUAAAUUUGAAGGCAUGCUGCCACGUGAGGGAGUCUUUAAGAAUGCUACCGGUAUUUCAAUUAUUGGGAACAAUAAGCUCUGCGGUGGACUACCAGAGUUUCAUCUCCCAAACUGCAUCUCUAAAAGCUCCAAGAGCAGAAAGAUCAGUAUGGUGAUAUUGUCCACUUCUAUUGUUUUCGGAGUUCUUGGAAUAGCUCUUUUUCUAGCUUUUAUAUAUCUUCGCUGGUUGAAGAAGAAAGUAAAUGAACCAAUUUCAAGUUUGACGGAUUGUUCACCUCCCAACAUAUCAUAUGGAGAACUCCUAAAAGCAACGGAUGGUUUUUCUUCAACGAAUUUGAUCAGAGUUGGAAGCUUUGGUUCUGUUUACAAGGGGAUACUCAAGGACAAUGGAAUUGCUGUUGCUGUGAAGGUGCUUCAUUUAGUCCGUCAUGGUGCUCUGAAGAGCUUUAUAGUCGAGUGCGAGGCAUUAAAAAACAUUAAACAUCGAAAUCUUUUGAAGAUAUUGACGGUUUGCUCGGGUAUAGAUUAUCAAGGAAAUGACUUUAAGGCCUUAGUAUAUGAAUUGAUGAUCAAUGGAAGCCUAGACCAAUGGCUACACCCUAGUGCAACAUCAUCUCAUGGGAGUGAGCUUCCGAAAAAGUUGAACUUCAUUCAGAGGAUAAAUAUAGCUAUCGGUGUUGCUUCUGCACUAGAUUAUCUUCAUCACAGGUGCCACUUCCCAAUCCUUCAUUGCGAUCUGAAGCCAAGCAAUAUCCUCUUAGAUGCUGAGAUGGUAGCACAUCUUGGCGACUUUGGAUUGGCGAAAUUCCUUCUUGGAUCAUCCCUUGAUACCGUAGUUAAUCGGAUAAGCUCAGUGGGUCUUAAAGGGACAAUUGGCUAUGCUCCACCAGAAUAUGCAAUGGGAUGCGAGGUCUCAAGAGAAGGCGAUGUCUACGGUUACGGCAUUCUCUUGCUAGAGAUGUUCACAGGAUUGAGUCCCACCGACAACAGAUUCGGAGACAAUUUGACACUCCACAGUUUUGUCGCGGCGGCUCUGCCUGAACGAGUGUUGGAAGUUACAGAUCGGAUCCUGCUUCUAGAAAGAGAGAGUCAUUUUCACUCCGAUAGUCCUCAGCAUUGGCUUUGUCAAAGCAAUGUCAUAUUUCAAGAGUGUUUGGUUAUCAUACAUAAUAUUGGAAUCUCUUGUUCCAAUGAAGUGCCUGGAAAUCGGAUGAGCAUCAGUGAUGUUGCAAAUCAGCUGCAAAAGAUCAGGGAAAAACUCUUUGCAUUGGGUUUACAUGAACAAGAUGGGCUGCCACAGUGUAGAGACCUUUUAGUAAUAUCUGUUACAAUUGGUCUCAAGUUUGAGGAUAUGACAAAACCCGAAGUGCAGGAAAGUUUGGCUGAAUAGAGACAGUCCGAGAUGGACUUUGGAAAUGUAUAGCCGGAGAGAAGCAGUUGUUUCUGUUGGAAGAUAACAGUAUAUUAUCAUUCCUCAUCAGCAAUGAUAUGGCUCUAGCCUGUCCCAUGAUGCACAGUGUU